GGAGCUCAGUCGGGGCCUGGUGGAUUCAGGGGAAGCAAUUGAAAGCUACUCGGUCCAACGAACGUGCUCUUUAGAAAGCUUUUACUUACUUUAUAAUAUUAUUACAUUAUUCAUCCCAUGGUACAGUCAGUUUGAGACUAUUCAAGAUGGAAAAUUCUGCAUAUGUUCCCAACCCUCUACCGCCCCCAGCUUUGGUAGUGUUUUCUCAGGCAGGAGGGCUGCCUGAUGCACUUAGAAUGCAGAGGCCCUUCAAUCCACAGGCACCAGAAGCUAAGGAUUUACACGUGCCAUUUAAUGCUGGGCUUGGCCUCCGGCAUAUGGACAACUACCCUGGCUUGCCAGCCCACUUACUGCACCAUAUCCAGCCCCAGUUCUUCCAUCCAGCUCUUGACCCACGAGUCCCCUUUGGAUCCGGCGCUUUCCGACCCCUUGGUACAUCUGCAGCGCCCGAGGUCAAAGGUUUCCCUUCUGCUUUUGCCCCGCCUUCUAAGUGUCUCAAGAUUGAAACAAGCAACAGCAGUCAUCACGAAACAUCGACUGCCACGAACCACUUGUCAACUCUUUUCUCUCCCGGCAUCGCUGCUGAAGAGCGAGCUUAUCUGAACGGGCAGACCCAACAGCAGAGAGCCGAUUCAAGUUCUCCUGCUAGCGUGUCUAUCUCACCUCCUGUAGUCAAAGAAGAGAGUUCAGACGCACCGAUGUCAGAAGAUCGUGAAGGCACUGCCACUCCAGGUUCAGAGGGUACCGAGCGGUCUACUCCUGAGGAAGGACGAGGAUUUAGACUCGGACCCUUAUUCGGCCCCGGUGCUGGUCGCUGUGGGUCCGAAGCUCUGGGCCUCGGUCUUGGCCUUGGGCUUGGCCUGGGUUUCGGGCCGGCGUAUCGCUUCGCUGCUGCCAACCCUGUACUCGCCAAGGGCCGUUGCCUUCUAUUCGACCAAGGUGAGUACUUGCCGACUACUUCUCCGCACUGUCUUUGGUGGUUUUGUUAUGAAUGUUCCAGUCGAUGGAUUGCAUGCAGACAUAUCCGGAAGAAGAAGUUCCAAUCUGAUCCGUCCUGUUGCCCCGUAUGUGGGGUGACGGUGAGGCCUGGCGAACUAGAGGCACAUUUUGUCCAGGAGCUGGAGAGGCUGUACAAGCUUAAUUCCAGCAGUCGGGUUCGCAGGCACUCUCUAGAGAAUUCGCGGCCUCCAUUGCCACCGGGUCCCACUUCCUCCUCGGGCCCUCGUCGAGAAGGCUUCGGAUCAGCUGGCGACGGAACUCCGGAAGGACGGUGGGAUACUUACCAAAGGAUCAAAGCCAAUCGGCAAGGAAGGUUACGAAUUAAGAACAGAAAGAGGAAAGCGGAUGAAGCAACUUGUCCCGUCUGCAACGAGAGGGUACAGGGAAGUGUGGAGGAACUCAACAGCCACGUGGAGAUGUGCCUGAGAAAGCAUGGUGCGACGGCUGACGAAGACGAAAACGUGGACGUUGAAGGCGACAGCGAAAUGUACGAAGAAUACGAAUGGGCAGGACAGCGACGGAUACGCGCCACAACGUUACUUGUUGGUGGGUUUGCUGCUGCUGGCAUGGCAACUUCAAGCAGCCGUCCCAGCCCAGUUGAAGAAGAAGCAGAUCUUGUGGUGGAUGGCGAUGACUCGACUACAUAUGGACCGCCACAGUACUCGGAAGCUGACGUUGUGAUGACAAGUGCAGAUGGACCACGAGAGGAGAGGGAAAGGGAAGCCUUACGCGAGGCGAUAAUCAGUCCAGAUGGAGGUAAACCAGUGUCGCAAAAUAAAGCCAAUGCAACGGAAGUUGAAGUGAAGGAGGAACCCAUGUCACUGACCACUUCGAGCCAACAGCUAUCUGAUGUAGCAGAGACGACAUCGUCAGACAACACCGGGUCAGCAGCAGGAGUGGGUAGUGACGUUCAGACACGUAACCAAGUGCUAGAAGCAUUGAAAACGCGGAUCCGUGAGCUCGAGACAGAAACCAGAGCGGUUGGCGAUAAGUUCAAGUGUCUGAUAUGUAUGGAGCGCUACAAGAAGCCUGUGAUCUCUGUCUGCUGUUGGCAUGUCCACUGCGAAGAAUGCUGGCUGCAUACACUGGGAGCAAAGAAGCUGUGCCCACAGUGCAACAUGAUAACAUCCCCGUCGGAUCUGCGGAGGAUUUAUAUGUGACGCCAAGAAGAAAUGGGCUGAUCAAGCGACUUGAAGUUGACCGGGAAGUUUAGGUUCAACACCGCUGUCUGCUGUAAUAGCCUGGAUUCAGUUAUCAUCCAAGCAGCACAGAUGCACUGCAUACUGAGGAGUAACAGUGACACGACCCUUAUCUAGCCUCCCUCUCAUGACUACAGUACUCCGGCGGAGAAGUCGGCGCCCCUUCCGUCAAGUCAGGCCCCAUACGUUCGCUUCACUGCUACGCUGUUGGAGAACUCACUGCAUGUGUGUCACUACAAGAGAGGACCCAUUGUUUGAUGUGAACUGGAGAUUCUGCAUCUGUGUACUGUUCCGGACAUGGUACUAUGACAAGUACCGUAUUUACGCAUGUAUAGGCCGCAGCACAA